AUGAAGGUCAAGGAUCGGCAAGUUCUUGCGAAAUUUCUCGCUGCGCGACCGGCGGCACUAGUUAUAGCUGGCUGGAUUCUUGUAGUUCAUGUUGUGGGUGUUGCGCUAUUUGCAACUGGUUUCCUUCUCACAAGGCCGGUUUUUUCAGACGUCACGGAGGCCAGCCUCAACCCGAGUAAGGCCUUCGAUCGAGCAGUGAUUCUUGUGGUGGAUGCCUUGCGUUAUGACUUUGCUGCUGAAGUAGAUGAGGAGACAGCCACGCAGUUCCCCUAUUUUUCCAAUCAGCUGCCGUUCCACGACAUUGUGAGCUCACCAGAGCACGGAUUUCUCGUCAAGUUUAUUGCUGACCCUCCCACCACUACUUUACAGAGGUUGAAGGGUCUCACAACGGGAUCCCUUCCUGCGUUCAUUGAUGCGGGAUCAAAUUUUGCCGGGACUAAGAUCGAAGAAGACAAUUGGGUUGCCCAAAUGGCGCGGCGAGGGAGCGUUGGCUUUGUUGGAGACGAUACCUGGCAAGCCCUGUAUAGUGACGAGUUCGCCAUCUCAUAUCCAUAUGACUCGUUGAAUGUUCGCGAUCUCGACACCGUCGAUAAUGGUGUCAAGCAGCAUAUGCCCGGGCUCAUCGCCAACCGUACGUUGGAUAUUGUCAUUGGCCAUAUGCUUGGAGUUGACCACGUCGGGCACCGGUACGGACCAAACCAUCCAAAGAUGCAAAACAAGUUGCAAGAGACUGGAAAGUUCAUUAGCGAGAUCGCCUCACAGAUUGACGAUAAGACCGUGCUGUUCGUUUUCGGUGACCAUGGUAUGGACUCAAAUGGAAACCAUGGCGGCGAUUCGACGCAGGAAGUGGAAUCGGCACUCUGGGUUUAUUCCAAGAGUCCCAAGUUUAUGAGCUCUGGACCUGAAGAAGUCAACCAGAUCGAUUUUGUCCCCACUAUUAGUGCUCUGCUUGGUUUACCCAUCCCUUUUAACAAUCUUGGGUUCCCUAUUCAGCAAGCCUUUGGUUCAAACAAUUUUGAAAGUGCCGCUGAACUUACAGCCCAGCAAUUGUCUAAAUACGCAAACAAGUUCGGAAAGGCAGAGUAUGCUGGUAACUGUAUUGGAGAUGCUCACCACUACCAGAAGACUCUGUUGGACGACUUCCGCGCCUCUUGGAUCUCUUUUGAUUUGCCAAGAAUGGUUGCAGGUAUUGCAAUUCUUGUGUCCUCGGCUCUGGUAUUGAUUAUCUUUUACAAUAUUUUGUCCGCAAUUAGCUUGGAGGCUAUUGCUAGGACAAUGUCCUGGGGCGCCAUCUUCGGGUCAGCUAUCGGGUUUCUGGUUAUCACUUUUGGCCAGAUGAACUCAACAGCAGACCUUAUUUUGUGCUUUGGCGUGGGUGUCACAGUAGGCAUUCUUUUGUUUGCUUCAACGACUGUUCGCUUUGCCUUGACAGACUCGAAGGGAAAUUACUGGACUUUGUUGGGCGUUUUCCUUCUGGUUGUACAGUGCCUGGUUUUCUUUUCAAACUCAUGUGUGAUCUGGGAAUCUCGCAUUUUGUUGUACUUUACAGCUACGACUUUUGUCGCGCUAGGAGUGAGCUGCAUUAGCGGUCAUUUUGUUGUGCGCAAACUGGGUCUGGCAUAUGUUGGCUGGACUAUGGUUGUCCUCCGGGCAACUUCCUACUUUUAUGCCUGCAGAGAAGAGAAUGGUACUGAGUGUGUCACUACAUUUUAUCAGCCAGGGACUUUGCUAUCCCCGGUGUGGACUUUAGUGACAUUUUCGGUACUGACUUUAGUUACACCAAUUGUGCUUGGUCGAUUCUAUGCGAUCGGACGUAGUUAUGUUGGUAUUGCCAAACUCAUGUUCCGAGGCACCACGGUAGCUAUGCUACUGUCUGUUCUCUAUUGGUCGCUGGACACUGCAGAGACUCAUGCCGACUACCAUUCGGAGACAGUAAGUAUCUUCAAAGUUUUCCUGAGUCGGUCCAUUCUCGCCCUGGGCUUUAUUGGUGGAAUCUACAUUUGGUACCGCAGCGAGCUCUGCAUCGAGGUUGAUAUCCGUGGUGACAAGCCCAAGAUUGAGGGCUAUAAUAAUGUAUACGGAAGUUACGCAUUUUUGCCUUUAUUAUCCAUCUUUUGGGGUCUUCUUGUCGUCAACAAACCAGCUGGUGCGGUUGUUUUGUCCUCACUAAUGUAUACCCUGUUUGCAAUUCUCGACCUGGUUGAUCUCACAGGAACCAAGUAUACAUUCUUGGUUCCUGUCUUAUUCAACUAUGUUGGAGCCAUGUACUAUUUCUGGACUGGCCACCAAGCUACGAUCCCCUCAAUUCAGUGGGAUACUGCUUUUGUCGCCACCAGGCAGCUUUCUUACCCCAUAUCGGCAAUCACGGUGGUAUUGAACACCCUCGGACCACUGUUGUUGACUGUCAUAGCUAGCGUCUUGGUUGCCACGUGGCGUCGCCCUCCUUUCAAGGAGCCGCGACAAAUCCUCGCCUACGUUUUGAGAGCUGGAGUGGGCACCAGCCUGGUCACCACAAUUGUAACCACAGCAAGCAUGGUUGCAGUAACCUGUUUACGGCGUCAUCUCAUGACGUGGAAAAUCUUUGCCCCGCGUUUCAUGCUCGCAGGUAUUUCACUAUGUGCUACCGAUCUGUUUGUGAUAUUCGCACUACUGAUCGCAGGCCACUCGUUGCACAAAGUAACCAAGAUUUUCAGUUAA